AUGACAUUCAUAAUUUUCACCCGUAUACAUUCAUUUUCGCCAGCUCUAAGGGAGCUGCUUGUUUCCGGAAUCGUUCUUCCCAGCACUUUCUUCGACACCUUGUACUCUUUGCGACAACUCCGAUGUCUUACCGUGAACCAAUGCGUCGUGCCCCCGCCACCAAAUUCCCCUGCUACCGCCCUGCGGCUGUCUCACCUGACACUGGCGCAUCUAUCCCCAUACUCUUCUGAAACACUGCCAUAUUCCCCGUAUUUUACUCAUCUUGUUCCCGAAAUCCCGAAUCUCCUCAUCAGUGAAGUCACAAUCAACUCAUCGAUCGCCAACUCUAAAUGUGCUCCUAGUAAUCUGACCAUUGGUGGAGGGUUGCCAAUAGUAACUCCCUGGUUAUCGCACUACUUUAGCUGUUUGAAUGGGUUCUCGCUCCAUAAUCUUCGGCGACUAGAUAUAAUCAUUCCACGGCUCUACCGCCCGCCCUCAGGCUUCAAGUGUGCUUCGUGUAGCGUUAACAUGCCCACCCAGUCACUUCCCUACCUUCAAGCCGUGACGGCCCCACUGUUCGUUUUGGACCACCUCAUUUCUGCGACAUCUACUCUGGAGCACGUUUCCGUGCAGGGUCCUAUUCCCCCGAGGGUCGCCAUUCGAUUGGUUGAUCGUUUAUCCUGGACCCAAAAGUCCAUGAAAUCUUUCGCUGUCGCCACCGCGGUCUGGGACGACGAUGUCCUCACACGCGUCACGCUCAAACUCCCGGCAUUAGAGCGCUUGGAAUACAUAUACUGCAGUGAUAACUUGUCACCGAGAUCCUGGGUUUAUCUUCGAGACACCUGUCUCCCGAGGCUGCAUCAGUUAACAACCCUCCGCCUCCAUCGAUUUCCUAUGUCUCGACGAGUUUGCGAACUUCGGCUCUCUAAAAACGCAGAACGAUCACUCUCAGACAGUCAGAACGCAAAUCAAAACUGGAAGGCCUCUGCUGCCGUUGUCCAACACCUUCGGCAAGGAGUAGAGGAUCUAUCCCUUAAACUACCAGCACUAAUCUCUGUGUGUCUUCCUGGUGACUUCGAAUCCGGCAAGGAGUGGUGCAAAGCAAGCAAUGCCCCUGGGACUGCACAAUGGAGCCAGGUCACCCAUCGUUUGAAUGUGGAGUGGGGUUGUGUUCGCCCGCUGGAUGAUCACUUGCGGAUCCACCCUGCAUAA